AUGGCCGACGUAGCCACAAUCAAAGCCAUUGAGGCGGGUGUUGUUCAUCAAAUCCAGUCGGGGCAGGUCAUCGUUGACCUCUGCUCAGUAGCCAAAGAAUUGGUAGAAAACAGUCUAGACGCCGGUGCUACUGCCAUCGAUGUCCGGUUCAAGAACCAAGGCCUGGACUCAAUCGAGGUCCAGGAUAAUGGCUGUGGAAUAGCACCACAAAACUAUGCAGGUGUGGCCUUGAAGCACUACACAUCCAAACUGUCGUCCUUUGCAGACCUCGAUACGCUGCACACCUUUGGAUUCAGGGGUGAAGCGCUGUCGUCGCUAUGUGCACUCUCACACUUCACCGUGACGACAUGUCUGCAAUCAGACGUCCCCAGGGGGACGAAACUCGAGUUCGAAGUCUCUGGCAAACUCAAGAGCACGAGCUUGGUAGCGGCCCAGAAGGGAACCGUGGUCACCGUUGAGACCCUCUUCCAUAACCUCCCGGUCCGCCGCCGUGAGCUGGAGCGCAACAUCAAGCGGGAAUGGGGUAAAGUCAUCAAUUUACUCAACCAAUACGCCUGUAUCCAAACCGGCAUCAAAUUCACCGUAUCACAACAGCCGACCAAAGGCAAGCGUACAGUUCUAUUUUCAACCAAGGGCAACAAGUCCACCCGUGAAAACAUUGUCAAUGUUUUUGGCGCAAAAACGCUCUCUGCCCUUAUCACACUGGACCUGGAACUAGAACUUGAGCCGACGACGAGUAAAGUAACCGCUGCUGCGACGGGAAGCACCCGACAACAAGGCGAGGCGACUACUGUAUUCGUACGAGGUCAUGUCUCACGACCAGCCCGUGGCGAGGGGCGACAGACUCCAGACCGGCAAAUGUUCUACGUGAACGGUCGUCCAUGUAUUCUCCCGCAGUUUGCCAAGGUCUUCAAUGAAGUUUACAAGACGUAUAAUUCAACUCAAUCGCCAUUUAUAUUCGCCGAUAUUCAACUCGAUACCCAUCUCUACGACGUCAAUGUCAGUCCUGAUAAGAGGAGUAUACUGCUACACGAUCAAGGCCGCAUGCUGGACAACAUGAGGGAGGCUCUUAUUGAGCUUUUUGAGAAGCAGGAAAUCACUAUUCCUGUCUCUCAGCUGACAGCACAGAAGCUCACGACCCCUUUCAAGAUGCCAACAGUUGUAGGGCGAACUAAGAGCACGCCUACCUCUGGAAAGCAACACAAAGACGUGCAGGAAGUUGAUGACGAUGAUGAUGAAGACGAUGGAAUGGCAGACACACCUGUUCGAGCAAAUUCAAGCCACAACUCGGGAUCCGUCAUUUCGAACAAGUCCUCGGCCGGGAUGGCCACAGGCGGCCCUGAAUUGAUCAGCACUUGGGCUCAACGUAAGUCUGAUGCACGUGCCGAGCCGCGUCUAGCUGCGGCUCCUCAAAAAACAAAAGAAAGCGUUCCAGACGGGGUGGCUACAUUCCUGUCGAAUCUAAGAGGCGACUAUACCUACAACGAAGAGCCGACGCCUUCAGAACCUGAAAUGCAAGAGAGAAACAAUGAUGGGCAGGAGGAUGAGGAAGCCGGACCACAAACACCCAACGCAGAUCAAUCUUGCGAGAAUGACGCUCAAGAACUUAUCGAAGAGUCACCAGUUCCAGCAAUCGCACCACCAAGAAGCCAGGGAAUCAAAGCUGGCCAAACGCCUUCGGCAUCCUCAGCAUUCAAGAGGCCAUCCGCUGAGGUUGCCACAAUAACAAUUGGCGAUCAAACCGUCACCAGCGUUAUCGGGGGGUCGCACAAAAGGCAGCGCACCAGUCAAACUCAACAAAGUAGUCAGACUAGCAGACCUAGGUCCAACAUUGGGAAAGGUAAAGCUCCUUUACCGUCAUUUAACGGACGUCUGACGCAGAUGUUUGCUGCCGCUUCGGCAAGAAGGUUAGAUCCUGAUCCCGGCAGUUUACUGGUGGAGGAAGCUUCCCCAGGGGAUGACGAGGAGAUAGACGACGAUUAUGCCAUGUAUGAGGCCCCAUCAGACCACAGCCAGAUUGACGAAGAGGAAUCAGAUGAAGAUGGUCGGGAACGCAGUCUCGUUGAGAGUCCACGGGCCGAAGAGCACCAAAUAUCUGAAAGAGACUCACCUCCUCCACUUGCCGAAGGGGAGGAGGAAGAAGUUCCGAAUUCUGAACCGAAUGACGAAGCCCCUGAUAGCCCAGGGAUGUUUGUCGAUUCGGCUGACGACGAUGGCGAUUACGUAGAAGAAGAUGAAAAGAAGAGACGGGAAGAAGAGAAAGUGCAGAAGCUAAUUAGUGAGGCGGAGAAGACAAGCAAUGAGCCAAGCAAGGAGAUGGAGAAGCGAUCACAAGUGUUUUUGAAAGGAAAAGCCAGGCGCAAGGACUCUACCAUGACGCUAGUGCAGACUUUGAGGCUACCUGAUCAGUCUGUCCAUCGACAAGCGAAUGCGUGGCGAGCGUCACUGGAGAAAAUGGCAAAAUCACACGACAGAAAUGGCGGUGACAAUGCUGAGCACCCUGCAUUGAGAGCGAAUGCUGACGGUGUGGACGCUGAUACCGAAAAUGCCGAGGAGAAGCUGUCUCUCACAAUUACCAAGUCGGACUUUGCGGAAAUGAAGAUAAUUGGGCAGUUCAAUCUCGGCUUCAUCAUAGCUGUCCGCGAGGCUUCCACCAAAGUUGCCAGUGAUGUCGUGCUCAGUGGUCGGGCCGGAGGCGGUUUGGCAGAUGACGAACUCUUCAUCAUUGAUCAACACGCCUCGGACGAAAAGUAUAAUUUUGAGCGCCUCCAAGCUAGCACGGUUGUUGAAUCCCAACGGCUUGUUCGCCCCAAACCCCUGGAGCUGACGGCACUCGAGGAGGAGAUCAUCAUUGAGAACCAGAAAGCGUUGGAGACAAAUGGUUUCAUCGUCGAGGUGGACGAAUCGGGAGAGUCACCCGUCGGGUCACGAUGUCGGCUGCUCAGCCUGCCCCUGAGCCGUGAGACAACUUUCUCGCUGGCUGAUCUCGAGGAGCUAGUCAGCCUACUGGCCGACAACCCCACGACGACCGCGACGACCGUGCCCAGGCCGUCACGGGUCCGCAAGAUGUUUGCGAUGCGCGCAUGCCGCAGCAGCGUCAUGGUCGGACGGGCUUUGUCUCUUCCCCAGAUGGAAAAGGUAGUUCGGCACAUGGGGGGCAUGGAGAAGCCGUGGAACUGUCCUCAUGGGAGGCCUACAAUGAGACACCUGUGUGGCCUCGGUACCACUUGGGAUGGUAGGCUUUGGAAGGAAGGCGAUGGAUUCGACGACGACGUAAAUGAUGUCGACUUUUCUGCUUAUACAUAG